AUGAGAGAAUUCAAUCGUCCUAACAUCAAUCGAAUUCUCGUUGAGUCUACAAAAGGGUCGACGAGAACACACCACCGCUUCGAUACAGCAGCAACACAGGAGGAAGCGAAACCUUCUGUUCGACUUGGUGGGUCUUACUUAUCUGUUUUUAUUUUAGGGAAACAGAACAUUGUUAGAGUGAGCGAGAGAGAGAGAGAGAGAGAGGGAAGGAGGAUGAAGAGGACGGCAAUGGACAACGCGAUUCGAUCAUCUGUGGUGGUUUUGGGAUCAUUGGCGUUCGGGUACAUGUCGCUGGAGCUUGGAUACAAGCCUUUCCUUGAAAAGGCCGAACAAUACGAACGCUCUCUUCAGUCUCAAGCUCCUCACCACCAACAACAAGAUGCACAAGAAGAAGCGAGAUGGGACAAUAACAAUAUCGAGGGAUGGGGGGAGAAAAAGUAGAUCAUAUGAAUAUGGAAGGAAGUAACCUUGUCCACACUUGCUUCUUUUGUUUUCUUGAUCUCAGAAAGAUCAUUCUUGAUCUCAGAUAGAUCAAUCUGUAACUAUCCGCCCGUUUUAAUCAUUCACUCGGAGUCUGCCCCAAGUAUAGUACAGUUUCUCUAGAUUAUUUAUGAAGCUUUUAACAAUAGUGAACUC